AUGAAGGAAUUACAACUUCGCCGCCUGCUCCGGGCCUUCGUGAUAUUCGUCAUCGCUGUGGCGGCCGUGAAGAUUCCCCAACCUAUCGGACCAGCUCAUAGAGAAAUCCAGGGACCGAUAGUUUGGGCAGCUUGUCCUGGAAAUAUUCGGCCGUUUAAGGGCAACAACACCUCAAAAGCUCUUCAGUGUACGAAUUUCUCGGUUCCCUUGAACUACGAUGAUCUUGGGGGCCCUCAAGUUCAGCUGGGCAUCGUCAAGCUUCCCGCACAAGGUCAGCGCAUUGGCAACCUCUUUGUGAACCCGGGCGGGCCAGGAGGAGCAGCUUCAAGCAUGGUGGUUAGCAUGGCUUCGAAAAGGAUUUACAUCAGCGACGCGGUGCGCCGGUCAUUCGACAUCAUUGGGAUGGAUCCCAGGGGCGUUGGCCUGAGUACACCGCAGAAGUGCGACACAAUUUUGGCCAACCAGCCCAGCGAAUUUGACGCAACGACGCCGGAGGGAUUUCAGAAGCUUUUCAACUACAAUAAAGCUGUAGGAGAGUCUUGUCGAGCAAUGACUGGGCCAGUAUUUGACAAUAUGGACACAAAGUCUGUCGCCAAGGACAUGGAGGCGGUCCGCGUGGCCAUUGGGAGAGAGCCCAUGAGCUAUUUUGGACUAUCAUACGGGACCCAACUGGGGGCUCAAUAUGCUGCACUGUUCCCGAACGCAAUUCGUGCCAUGGCACUUGAUGGGAUAUUGCAACACACUGGAUCUUCCGCAUCCAAUAUCAUGACACAGGCCACGUCCUUGGACGCCACCAUUCAAGCAUUCUUCCGGUUCUGCGAAGCCAACGCCACGAAUUGUGGAGAUGGAGGACAGGACAUCAGGCAGACGUGGAACAAGAUCCUCGAAGUCGCCGGCACGGGUAACCUCAAGGCCGCGGAGUGUGACGGGACGGUCAAGACCGGCUGCCUGACUACUGCUACACCUAACAACGUAAUCGGCGCGGCACGAUCGACGCUGGAGUUCCCCCAAGACAGUAAAACGUUUGCCGAGAUGGUCAAACUCGGGGCCGCUGGGAAUGGCUCCUUCUUUACCCCCGGUCUUCUGUCUGGCGACAUUUUCACUGAUUCUCAAUCUCUGUCCAUUAAGACCGUGCAGUGCCAGGACGGGCAUUUCUUCGCUGCCAAAGACCACAUCGAGGUGCAGCGCGUGGCCGAUAUGACCCGAACCCUCACGGUGACUCCAGGCAUGGAGCAAUUUUGGCAUAGAGUCAUCGACUGUACCGGGUACCCCGCGAAGAUCACGAAUCCCCGGACGGCCUUGGAUAUCAAGGGUACCCCGCCUAUCUUGCUCGUACAUUCCAGAUUUGAUCCCGCAACGAGUUUGGUGUAUGCGGCCGGAAUGAUGGAGGAGUUCCAGAACGCGACUUUGCUUCUUAGAGAAGGGUCUGGCCAUACAAGUUAUUUGCUGAAAGGUGACGCCUCACGCAUUGUAGAUGACUAUUUGAUCAAUUUGAAGAUGCCGCCAGCGGGUACAGUGGUCCAGAGUUAG